AUGGCCGCCGCCGCAGACCCCCAGGGCGAUACCAAGAUGGAGGAUGUUUCGCCCAAGGACCAGACAUCGAUGGAGGAGUCCAUUUCCCAGUCGCUUGGUCAGAUGGACAACGGGCUCGCGUCGCUGCAGUCGCGCGCUGAUCCCGAUGCGCAGACCACCGUCACCGAUUUCCUCGACUUUACCGAAUACCUCUCCUCUGACGUUGUGCGGUCCCUCACGCUCAUCGGGAAGCUCGACGAGCGCUACAUCAAUGCCUCCCACAUGGUCGACGACUUGACCUCGGUAUGGGGUCGGCUCCCCAGUCUACCUGCGGAGGAGCGCCCGUCGCCCGUGCAGCUUCGGGCAGACAUCUCUGAGCAACUGGCUCAGUCAGUUGACUCGAGGGUCUUUGCCCAUGCCGAGGCCGUGAGGCUGUCGGAAAAUGUUAACAGGCACUACAAGAAGGCCAAGGUUUUACUUUCUAAACUGCAGAAGAUGAUGGACAACUAUCCCACUGAGGAAGUCAAAAGCCCAGUUGUGUCGAAAUCGCCACAGUUGGCAAGGAAUAAAUUAAGCUCCAAGGCAGCAGGCGAAGGUGGUCAGAAGCCCAGACGCCCACAAGUUCCGAGAAUCAUUGUCCCGGGAGAGAUAUUAGCACCAUAUGAUGUUGACUACGACACCUUUACCGACGACAGCGACAUUAGUUCUGAUGAGGAGUCGGAUACUCCGGCACCAAGUCGAAGAACUCCAGCGCCGCCUCCGCGAAUCAAACUUGUUACCAACAAGACCCCAAAGACGCCGAGUCGCCUCGCACGGCCAGUGAGCUAUCCUACGGCAGCCCUGAGCCAGGCUGCGGCUGCCAACAAUGCCGCCUUGCUUCAUCCGCCACCCGAGAACGCGGUUAUUGGCAGCCCGGAUGCUCCAUGGCUGCAGCUUACCCAGUACGAGCUGGCCAAGCUACGGAAACGGAUGAAGAAGAAUGCGACGUGGACACCGAGCGAGACCAUGAUUGCUCGCGAGCUCAAGGCUCUGGGCCGUGGUCCUGAUGCCUAUCAUGAGGCCAAGAGAAAGGCCGAGGAAGAGGGGAAAUCCUUUGAGCCUCCAGUCCCUAAGCCUAUCGUUGAUAACGAGUCGGGCGAGAAGCAACUCCCUGCUGGUGCGAUCAGUGCUGACACGUUGGCUGCUGAAGAGGUCCCGACAAGCAAUCGCGGCAUGAAGCUCAACGAGGCAAAGAAACUGAAGAGGGAGGCCCUGGCCAAGCUUGCCGCAGAGGAAGCGGAAGAAUCAGCCAGAAAAAUGGCAGAGGCAGCUAAGCUCUUCCUCGGCAAUGGCAACGGAAACAAGGGGAACCAAAAGGCCACGGCCCCGGCGUCUGAGGCUCCCAAAGAAACUCCCACCAAGCCCGUGAAAACAAGAGCCACAUCGAGAGCCACGAAGCGAAAAAGAGAGGCAGAGCCAGAGGAGACCCCCAACUCCCAUGAGAACAACGAAACACAACCCUCACGACCACAGGUGAAGCGCACCAAGACUGAGACUCCAGUUCCACCACCCCACCACCCUUCCAUGAGCCAUAGCAAGGGACCAACCCCUGAGAGUACAGGUCCUCCAGCUCCCCUGACGACGCCUGGUGAACACCCCGUCGUCACACACGCCGAAACCCCAGUUCCCAUUCCCAUCCCACCCCAAGGCACGUCUAUGGUCACCAGCGGAGCCAAGUCUCCGACUCCCAACCCGUCUAACUCGACUGCAGCUCCCGCCGCCACUCCUGGCAAAGCCCACCCGACAGAGACUCCAGUGCCCUUCCCAAUCCCCGAGCCGCGAAAGUCGGCAACCCCAGUGCUGCCUCCAGUGAGAGAAAACACUAAGCGAGAGACUCGGGGUGACGCAGCGAAGCGGACACAGCAGGCCCAGCAGCUACUUUUGCAGCAACAGGCACAAGCGCCACAGCCUCAGCAACCUCAGGAGGCUCCUCAGGAGCAGCAGCAACCUGAGCGGCAAGCGUCUAACCCUCCUCAGCCUCAACCCCAACCCCAACCUACUAUCAUCCCUCCUCCACAACCCCCUCCAAUUGCCCCUGAAAUACCAAGCAAGCAGAUACCUUCACGGGCUGCAACGCCCCGAUUAACUCCAGGGCCGGAGGGCCUUGCCCUCCGCCGACCGAGCUCUCGUGGUAAAGGUGCCAGCCAAGAGCCACAGUCCUCACUAGCGGCAGAUCGGCCACGACGGGCGAGCACCGCUCGCAACACGCCUGCCCCCGAGCCUCGGCCAGCUAAGCGAACCAAGCGUCCUGCCCCCGGCGUUGUUAGUACCACAAACAGUGGCGGGAAUAGCGCUGUCGGUAAGCGAAAAGCGGCGCCGAAGAAGAAAGCUCGUCCGAGGCAGAAUAAGGGUCCUGCGGAGCCAGAGCUGGAGGAGGUAGACGACGAGGGGAACCCGAUCGAUCCCGACGAGCCGAGAUACUGCUCCUGCAACCGAGUCAGCUUCGGCCUCAUGAUCCAGUGCGACAAUGUCGACGUAAGCGGCUCCUCAACCACGCCCUCACACUCAUCCUCUACCUCAGCAUCCCGUCGAAAGGGAACGAACAAGCAGCUAACACAGAAGCAGAACUGCAAGGAAGAGUGGUUUCAUCUCGAGUGCGUCGGUCUCGCCGAGGUGCCCGCCCGGACGACCAAAUGGUACUGUCCUGAGUGCCGGGUAUUGCUCAACAUUGGCGAGAAGGGCGAGGUUAGCGCAAGGGGUGUGAAGAUGUAG